CUGCAAGUGACAGGGAGAAGGCAAUUCCUGGCUGGUGGUCGGCAUCUGAGCAAGUGUCGGGAUGUUGAGCUGGGUCCAGAGGGUGCUACCUCAGCCCCCAGGGACCCCUCAGAAGACCAAGGUAGAGGAGGAGGGAGGCGCAGACCCAGAGCCAGAGCCAGAGCCAGAGGUGAAGCAGGAACCAGAGCUGGAGCCUGAAACAGCCCUUGAGAAGGCCGAGCAAGGGGACUCCCUGCCACCUGAAGAGCCAUUGGAGGAAGUGGCUGCAGCUGACCCAGGCCCUCAGGAAAUCCAGGAGGCUGCCCUGAGUCCGCCUACAUCCCUCCAGGCCCAGAUCACUGUGGCUCCUGAAGUGAACAGCAGUUCCAACGACUGGGUGCUGACAUGGCUUAAGAAGAGCGUGGAGAAGGUGGUCCCACAGCCUGUCCCCAGCAGCAGGCUGGCCCAGAGCACCGCUGCUGGCGGGGAGGGCCCUGCUCAGGCAGGAGCACAGGUGUCUGGGCAAUGCAGCACUGGGAGCUCAGAUGGACUUGGUGAGGCUGCUGGGGACACCGGGUCUGGGCCCUGGCUGCUCAGGUGGCUUGAGCAGAAUCUGGAGAAAGUUCUGCCUCAACCUCCCAAAACCUCCAAGGACCAGAGAGAUGAACCUGCAGAUACUGCCUUGGACACAGAGCCCCCUGGGCCCACCCUGGAAACAGAGCCCGUGCUGCAGGCCCCAGAGAGCUCCUGCGUGCCCACUGCUGGCCCCUUGGAGCCCCAGGAGGAGCCGCCUUCAGAGCCCCAGCUCAGCCCUCAGGCUUCCUCCUUGCUGCUCCCCAGUGACCCUGCCAGGUUGAUGGCUUGGCUCCUGCACAGGCUGGAGAUGGCCCUGCCGCAGCCGGUGCUCCAUGGGAAGGCCAGGGAGCAGGAGCCUGACUCCCCUGUGACCUGUGACGUGCAGACCAUCUGCAUCCUCCCUGGAGGCCAAGAGGAGCCCGAUCUCGUCCUAGAAGAGGUUGACCCCCACUGGGAGGAGGAUGAGCAUCAGGAUGGUGGCGCCAGCCCACAGGACUCAGAGGCAGCUCCAGCUUAUGAAGAGGAGAAUGAGGCUGUAGAGGAGAUGCCCAGGAAGCUGCCCUGGAUUCAAGAGGAGAGAGAAGAUGAGGAGGAGGAUGGAGAGGAGGAGGGAGAAGAUGAGGAGGAGGCAAAUGUCCUGCUGGAUAGCUGUCUGGAGGCGCAGGCUGGCGAGGACCUGACUGGAGUAGACAGAAGCCAGCCCCAGAGGGCCUCCCAGCAGGAGCUGCAGGAGGAGGCCGUGACCACCAGCCCAGAAGUGCCUGCUACAAAAGAGCACCCGGAAGUGCAGGUGGAAGAUGUUGAUGCGGACAGCCAUCCCCUGAUCGUGGAAAAUACCCCCUCACCUGAGCUGCCACCACCUUCUCCUGCCAAAGCCGACACCCUCACGGUCCCAGGAUCUGCCGCAGGAACAGAAAGGAAGAGGCUGCCCUCCCAAGAUGAUGAGGCUGAAGAGCUCAGGGCACUGUCACCAGCUGAGUCCCCCAUGGUCGCCUGGUCAGACCCAUCCAGCCCACAAGGCACUGAUGGCCAGGAUCGCGCAACCUCCACGGCCAGCCAGAACAGCGCCAUCAUCAAUGACCGGCUCCAGGAGCUGGUGAAGCUUUUCAAGGAGCGGACGGAGAAAGUGAAGGAGAAGCUCAUCGACCCUGAUGUCACCUCCGAUGAGGAGAGCCCAAAGCCCUCCCCGGCCAAGAAAGCCCCAGAGCCUGCCCCAGUCGUGAAGCCGGCUGAGGUGGGGCAGGCGGAGGAGGAGGAGCACUAUUGUGACAUGCUCUGCUGCAAGUUCAAGCGCCGCCCCUGGAAGACGUACCGCUUUCCCCAGAGCAUCGACCCGCUGACCAACCUGAUGUACAUCCUGUGGCUGUUCUUUGUGGUGCUGGCGUGGAACUGGAACUGUUGGCUGAUCCCCGUGCGCUGGGCCUUCCCUUACCAGACACCAAACAACAUCCACCUCUGGCUGCUGAUGGAUUAUCUAUGUGAUCUCAUCUACCUCCUGGACAUCACCGUGUUCCAGCUGCGCCUGCAGUUUGUCAGAGGGGGAGACAUCAUUACAGACAAAAAGGAGAUGCGGGACAACUACCUGAAAUCUCGUCGCUUUAAGAUGGACAUGCUCUGCCUCCUGCCCUUGGACUUCCUGUAUUUGAAGUUUGGCGUGAAUCCCCUCCUGCGCUUGCCCCGCUGUUUGAAGUACAUGGCCUUCUUCGAAUUUAACAGCCGCCUGGAAUCCAUCCUCAGCAAAGCCUAUGUUUACAGGGUCAUCAGGACCACGGCCUACCUGCUCUACAGUCUGCAUGUCAACUCCUGUCUGUAUUACUGGGCAUCUGCCUAUCAGGGCCUCGGCUCCACUCACUGGGUUUACGAUGGUGUGGGAAACAGUUACAUUCGCUGUUACUACUGGGCUGUGAAGACCCUCAUCACCAUUGGUGGGCUGCCUGACCCCAGAACGCUCUUUGAAAUUGUCUUCCAGGGGCUGAACUAUUUCACGGGUGUCUUUGCUUUCUCUGUGAUGAUCGGACAGAUGAGAGACGUGGUGGGGGCCGCCACCGCCGGGCAGACCUACUACCGCAGCUGCAUGGACAGCACAGUGAAGUACAUGAAUUUCUACAAGAUCCCCAGGUCCGUGCAGAACCGUGUCAAGACCUGGUACGAGUACACCUGGCAGUCCCAAGGCAUGCUGGACGAGUCAGAACUGAUGGUGCAGCUUCCAGACAAGAUGCGGUUGGACCUCGCCAUCGACGUGAACUAUAACAUUGUCAGCAAAGUGGCUCUCUUCCAGGGCUGUGACCGGCAGUUGAUCUUUGACAUGCUGAAGAGGCUUCGUUCUGUCGUCUAUCUGCCCAACGACUACGUGUGCAAGAAGGGGGAGAUAGGCCGAGAGAUGUACAUUAUAAAGGCAGGAGAGGUGCAGGUGUUGGGCGGCCCCGAUGGGAAGGCUGUGCUGGUGACGCUGAAAGCUGGAUCUGUGUUUGGAGAAAUAAGCUUACUGGCUGUUGGGGGCGGGAAUCGGCGCACAGCCAAUGUGGUCGCCCACGGGUUUACCAACCUCUUCAUUCUGGAUAAGAAGGACCUGAAUGAAAUUUUGGUGCAUUAUCCUGAGUCUCAGAAGUUACUCCGGAAGAAGGCCAGGCGCAUGCUGAGAAAUAACAACAAGCCCAAGGAGCCGAAGAGCGUGCUCAUCCUUCCUCCCCGGGCAGGCACCCCCAAGCUCUUCAAUGCUGCCCUGGCCGUAGCAGGAAAGAUGGGCGCCAAGGGAGCCAAAGCCGGUAAACUUGCCCACCUGAGGGCUCGGCUCAAAGAACUGGCUGCACUGGAGGCAGCUGCGAGGCAGCAACAGUUGCUGGAACAGGCCAAGAGCUCGCAGGAUGCUGCAGGAGAGGCAGGACAGGCGGCCCCAGACCAGGACCAGCCCCCAGCGCCCGAGCACCCAGAAUCCCAGGAGCCCCCGGCCACACGCUCUUCGCCACCUGCCUCGCCACCUGCCUCGCCACCUGCCUCGGAGAGGCCCGAGGAAGGCGGGGAGGGGGAGGCCGGGCCCUCAGAGCCAUCGGUGCUGAUCCGCAUGAGCCCGGGCCCGGAUCCCAGUGAACAGAUCCUGUCGGUAGAGGUCCCGGAGGAGAAGAAGGAGGCCGAGUGA